UCCACUCCCCGCGGCCCGAGCGGAUGACUGCCCGGAUAGGAAACGGCAUUCGGAGCUGCGCUCCCGCCCAGGCCGGCCCUGACGCGGGCCUCGUCAGCCAGUAACAGGGAGCAGAGGUGGGAGUUAGCGAGGCUACCACGAAAACAGUGAAGGUCGGAACCGACAGCCUCCUCCGAGAAGGGCAGGAGCUGGGAGGAGGCGGCGGCGGCGGCAGCUGGGAGGAGGUGGUGACGGUGGCAACGGCAGCUUCGGGGACGAUGGCGCGACUGGUGGCAGUGUGCAGGGACGGGGAGGAGGAGUUCCCCUUCGAGAGGAGGCAGAUUCCCCUCUACAUAGACGACACUCUCACGAUGGUGAUGGAAUUUCCUGACAAUGUGUUAAAUCUCGAUGGACAUCAGAAUAAUGGUGCACAGCUAAAGCAGUUCAUUCAGCGACAUGGUAUGCUUAAGCAACAGGAUCUAAGUAUUGCCAUGGUGGUGACAUCACGCGAAGUCCUGAGUGCACUUUCUCAGCUUGUCCCGUGUGUUGGUUGUCGUCGCAGUGUGGAGCGCCUCUUUGCCCAGCUUGUAGAGUCUGGAAAUCCUGCUCUUGAACCCCUAACAGUAGGGCCCAAGGGAGUCCUGUCUGUAACUGGAAGCUGCAUGACUGAUGCAAAGAAGCUUUAUACAUUAUUUUAUGUACAUGGGUCCAAACUAAAUGACAUGAUAGAUGCUAUUCCAAAAAGUAAGAAGAAUAAGAGAUGUCAGUUGCACUCCUUAGAUACGCACAAGCCAAAACCUUUGGGAGGUUGUUGGAUGGAUGGAUGGGAACUAAUGUCACAGGAAUGCAGGGAUGAAGUAGUUUUAAUUGACUCGAGUUGUCUUUUAGAAACACUAGAAACAUAUCUGCGAAAACACAGGUUUUGCACUGAUUGCAAAAAUAAAGUCCUCCGAGCAUACAAUAUCCUUAUUGGUGAACUUGACUGCAGCAAAGAAAAGGGCUACUGUGCUGCACUUUAUGAAGGCUUGCGGUGCUGUCCACAUGAACGACACAUACAUGUUUGCUGUGAAACAGACUUCAUUGCACAUCUUUUGGGUCGUGCUGAGCCAGAGUUCGCAGGAGGGUAUGAGCGAAGAGAAAGGCAUGCAAAGACAAUAGACAUAGCCCAAGAAGAAGUUCUGACCUGCUUGGGAAUUCAUCUUUAUGAAAGACUGCAUCGAAUCUGGCAAAAACUACGGGCAGAAGAGCAGACAUGGCAGAUGCUUUUCUAUCUUGGUGUUGAUGCUUUACGCAAGAGUUUUGAGAGACAGGGUCUACCUGUUUCCCAGGCUGGUCUCAGACUUCUAGACUCAAGUGAACCUGAACCUCCCGCCUCAACCUCUCAAAUUGCUGGGAUUACAGAAAUGGUGGAGCCAAUGAAGAAAUUAGCAGGGAUGGAUGUAGAGCUGACAGCUGAAGAGAGAAACUCUGUUACAUAUAAGAAUGUGAUUGGAGCUACAAGAGCCUCCUGGAGAAUAAUGAGCAGCCUUGAACAGAAAGAAGGAAACAAAGGAGGAGAAGACAAGCGAAAAAUGAUUGGGAAAUACCGGCAAAUGGUUGAGACUGAGCUAAAGUUAAUCUGUGGUGACGUUCUGGAUGCACUGGACAAACACCUCAUUCCAGCAGCUACCACUGGCAAGUCCAAGGUUUUCUAUUAUGAAAUGAAAGGGGACUACCACAGGUAUCUGGCAGAAUUUGCCACAGGAAAUGACAGGAAGGAGGCAGCAGAGAACAGCCUGGUGGCUUACAAAGCUGCUAGUGAUAUUGCAGUAAGAGAAAUUUCACCAGUGCAUCCCAUUCACUUAUGUCUUGCUCUCCAUUUUUCCAUAUUCUCCUGUGAAAUUCUGAAUUUCCCUGACCCUGCCUGCAGGUAA